AUGUCUUCCACGUCCACAUCCGCCGACACCACGCCAAUCGCCCCCGCACGGUUCGCCGCCGCCCUCAAGGACCUCUCGGUGGGCAUGUUACACCUCAAAGUCCUUGAAAUCCGCAAUUCAAUCGCCCAUCUACAGUACUCCAACGACCAGCUCAAGCCAUUUGCAGAGGGCGCAGAGACCACACCGUCCGGUGAAUCCUCGGGGCCCGACCAGGACUGCAUCGAUGCUAUUCGCGAGAACGAACAAGUCAUUGAUCGCAUGGCUGAGCGCAUAGCUCUGAUCCGUGCAGAGGUGGAAGAGCGUGGACUCAGCUGGACGGAAUUCCAGAACCGAGAUGAGACAACUAGUAAGAACGAUGAAGACGCGGCUGCUGUCAAUGGAGAUCCUCAAGCUAGUACUGCGGCAUCUGACACCGAGAAUCGACACAAUGCAUGGAACGAUGGGACUUUUCAAACGGGGACAAUCCGAAACGGCGAGGUACAGGUGGAUCGUCAGGCCGGUCGACCAGAGGAUGGAAGUUUGAGCGACGAGCAGCUUCGCAGGGCACUAGAGGAGCGAAUGCAAGACCUAGGUACAGAGGAUGAUGAAGGGGGCAUGCACCUUUGA